AUGUCUAAAAUUAAGUACGCGGUAAUCAAGGGUACCAUCGCCGCAGACGAUGCCGGCGCUGUCGCAGACGAUGCGGCAUCCCUGGGUUGGGAGCCCAGACCCGCACAGGGCCUCAUCUGCACGGGUCCGCAGCUCCACGUCCAGUCGACUCCGGCGCGGAGCCCCCAGCUGCCUGACAACUGGACCCACAGCCACCAAGUCCAGUUCGUCCACAAGCAGCGCUUCAGGACUAUCCACGGCUUAUGCGGAAGCCGGGAAGCCGGGAAGCCGGGAAGCCGGGAAGCUGAGAAGCCGGGAAGCCGUUCGCGGCUACACGGGAGUCGGUACGUGUGCAUGUAUCCAUGCAACCAAUUUCGUGUAGUGGAAACGCAGCGAUUGAUUCCGAUGAAGAUUAGUACGACAUUCUUGGAGAAGCGACAUGGCCAUAAACCGGAAGAACGCCGCAUGAGUGAUCAUAACCCCGUGUCCCUUCACCUCGCGUCGGUUUGGAGGCCGGACCGGCCACCCACGCGUAAACCCAAGCCGACGUUUCUUGUCUCUGAGGCGCACAGGUACACAGACAUGUUCUACAACCCGGAGGCCCCCCCUGUGGUUGGUGUCCGGGCGGUUGUGGAUUCCCUGCGUGCUGGCCAGAUUGGUGUCACCCAGGCGGUGGACACUAUCGAACGGAUUUUGCUGGGUUGCUUCGGUGAUGCCUUCAGGCCCGGGCCGGUUUCUAACGGCAAGGCGGCGUGGUGGAAUCAUGAGUGUGCUGCGGCUAAGCAGGCCAUGUUGCAGUAUCGGUCUGAUGUGAUGAAGUGGGGGUGUGCUGCCCCGGCUAUGGGGCAUACGAGUUUUCAAGAGUUACGUCGUCAGUUUAAUCGUGCUAAACGUAACGCGCGACGGGAUCACCGGCUGCGAGCCUUGGAGUCAUUCAUAGCUACAUGCAAACGGGAUGCGAAGACCCUAUGGCAACGUCUGAACGAAGGUAGAUGUAUACUCGUCUCAGUUGAUUCGAGUGGGUUUCUGAUUAACGUUGAAGAUACUGAUAUGCGCAAGGUAUUUCUUAAUACCAAUCCGAGGAAAAUCGCUACUUUCCUUACUGAGGUUUUUGAUGAGCGUCAACAGCGUGCUCUGGAGCCUCACGGCUCGUGAGGGCACCCGCCGCGUCGGCGGCGGAAAUACUGUAACCACAAUACAAUA